CGUAGAACCCCGACCUCGGGAUCUGGUACUGGGUGGCUGCUAGCGGGGUGGAGGGCGGGCCGUGUGACCCAAGCGAAAGCCGCGCGCAGCUGGGAGACUGACCGCUGAAUCAUGGGAAGGACCUACGUGGUUGAAGAAACCGUGGGCCAGUACUUUGCCGAUGUCAGCCUUGGAGGGAAGGCUGCUGUCUCUGGCCUUCUCAUAGGACAGCCUUCUUCUCAGAAGGAUUAUGUGAUUCUUGCUGCUCGAACACCACCCCGCCAGGACCCCCCACAGCACGUCUCCUUGCCGGCUACUCUGGAUGCCGUGGAUGAGGAAUGGAUUGCCGCACAUGCCUGUCAGGUGUCCAGGAUGCUCCCUGGAGGCCUUCUGGUUCUUGGGGUGUUCGUUAUCACAACUUUGGAAAUGGGCAGCGAAUUUCCGAGUGCCCUGCGCAGACUCCUCUUCGCUGUGGGCAAGUCCAUGACCGAGAAGAGACUCUGGAGCUUCACAGAGGAUGAAAGCUCAGAGCGAGUGAUGCUUCACAUCAGCUCUCCAACCAAGAAAAUUUCUUGCAGAACUUAUGAUAUCCUCGAUCCAAAGAGCUCUGCCAGGCCUGCUGACUGGAAGUACCAGAGCAGACUCUCAGCAUCAUGGCUGUCUCUGGAGUGCACACUCGAUGUCAACCUGCACAUUCCUUUGUCAUCCACUUCUGUCGCCCACCCCCUGGAGAGAAACAUUAAGAACGGUCUUGCACGCUGGGCCAAGCAAAUAGAAAACAGUAUUUACCUGAUUAACGGACAAGUGAAGGAUGAAGAUAGUGACUUAGUAGAAGGACAGAAAAAAUCUCGAGGAAAUGCUCAAGCAGCUAGUCAUGCUUUUGAUGUCAGAGUGCUAAGGCAGCUGCUUUUGAAUUCAGACCAUAGAUCCACGGCCACCGUCCAGAUUUGCAGCGGUUCCAUAAAUCUCAAAGGCGCAGUGAAGUGCAGAGCUUAUCUCCAUGGCAACAGGCCCAAGGUCAAGGAUGCUGUGCAGGCUGUGAAGCGAGAUAUUCUGAAUACAGUUGCUGACCGUUGUGAUAUCCUAUUCGAGGAACUGAUUUUGAAUGAGAGCCCAGACAAAAAAGGCCCUGAGAAAGAGAUCCACAUCCUGCCUCACCGAGUCUUCGUUCCCAUCCCAGGGUCCACUGUCAUGCUCUGUGACUAUAAAUUUGGCGAUGACUCAGCUGAGGAAAUCCGAGACCAUUUCUUAGAUAUGUUGGAUCAUAGUAUUCAAAUGGAAGAGUUGGAAAUUGCAGAAGAGACCGACACGGCAUGUGUGGUGAGCUCCACUAUGAAUCCUGAAGUGUCCUUGGACAACACAAAUUCUGAGCAGCCAAAACAACCCAUCAAUACCACCAUUGUAUUGAAAAUUCAGCAAAACAUAGGUGUGAUUGCAGCACUGGCCGUUGCAUUCCUGGCAGCAGGCAUCUCCUUCAUUUACUUCAGCGAUUAGGGUGAAGCCCAUGGCACUUCCAGUGUUACCAAGGAGAGGUCAGCAACCAGCCACAGAGAUCACGUGUGCCAUCCUCUCUCAAAGUUACCCAGCUCUUGCGCUGCCCUGCCAGAUGGCAUGGUUGUAAUCAAGAAAUGUUCUGUUCCUGGUUAGCGCCUUAUAAGACUCCCCAAAAUAAAGCUGCAUCUACAUGGAA